CAAGCCAUGCAUAAAAUUCGUGGUGGAAGACGACGCGGUUAUGAUGCACGAAACCAGCGGAAUAAUUCAAACACUUCCACCAGUAACAUGGGAUGGCACAAGAUAAUUAUUCGAGAUGGCUGCAUGUAUGACAAGAAUGAAGUUCUGGAUAAUUUAAAGGAGUAUGUAGAAGAAUCAUUUGUACCAAUAUUGUAUGAAGUAGAAGGAAACAGCUUGGUGUUCUACCUGGAAGACAAUGGUGCUGCUGCCAAAGCCAUCACGAAUGUUAACCGCAGAGUCACCAUGAGGAAUGGCUCAAGACUCAUAAUCUGUAACAACAGAUCACCUCCCCCCAACAGACCACUCCCUCUCCAGCAGCAAGAGAAAGUGAUGCACAUCAUGAGUGAACGUUACUGCCUGGAGCUGAAGCGUUUGGACUUGAAAAAUUUUCAUAAUGCUCCAAGUUUGAUCAAGGAACAGAUUUUCUUCCCUCUGUAUCGAACACCAAAUAUGAAGAUCAUUGUAGAUAUCAUCAUUCAGAAUAUUCCUCAAGUUGAAGAAAUUGAUUUGAGCUGCAACAAGAUCCACACUCUUGAGGAAAUUGAGCGAAUUAUACCAGUGUGCACAAAAUUGAAGAGGCUCAACUUGGAGAAGAACAAGCUGAUGAAUGUCGACUGCCUGGCCAAACUACAGGGACUAGCCAUCAUGGAACUCAGCCUUGAAGGGAACCCUCUCUGUGACAAGUUCACUGAUACAGAGACAUAUUUCAGUGCUGUGAGAAAACACAUCCCGAAAGUCAUGUAUCUAGAUGGCCAGGAGCUCCCAAAAGCUAUAGGAUUUGAGGUGGAAGAAGAGGUCAGCAAGUUGCCGCAGGCUCAUCCUUCGUUCUUCGUGAUUGAAGGAGUAAAGGACGUCGUGUUGAAAUUCAUACAGCAGUACUAUGAGAUAUAUGACACUGAUAACAGGAGACCCCUAGAGGCUGCAUACACAGAGAAUGCUUCAUUCUCUUUAACGUGUGUGUUCCCUGAUGCUGGACCAGUUGCCAGGUACUCGGGUGCUUAUGUAGCAGAAAACCGCAACUUAAAGAAGGUUCAAACUUCAGACAAAAGACAGAAACUACUGAUUCAAGGGAGGUCCAACAUCAUAAAUGCAAUUUCCAACUUUCCCAUGACAAUGCAUGAUCCAGGUUCCUUCACUGUGGAUGUACCUGUGGCUGAUCCAAAGUUAAUGAACGUAACUCUGAGUGGUGUAUUCAAGCAAGUUGUAGACCGAGCCCCUCCAGUGCGCUUUUUCAGUCGCUCUUUCACCAUAGUCCCAGAGGGCUCAGGAUACUGCAUCUGCAAUGAACAGCUAUACCUUACUUUUGCAACAUCGGAGCAGAUCAAGAGAUCUUUCAAAAGUACUACUUCAACAAUGCAAGUACAACCAGUAGGUGUUGAGGCAAGCAUAGUUUCUGCUGAAGCAAACCUUCCCAUGCAAGGUGAAGCACUGCAGUCAAUGCAGCAAGCCAUGAUAACAAAAUUCUCAGAAAUAUCUGGGAUGCUUCCUCAAUAUUCUCAACUAUGUCUGGAGCAGAAUGGAUGGGACUUUGACAAAGCUGGCAAAAGGUUCUUACAACUAAAGAAUGAUAAUCAAAUCCCUCCAGAGUAUUUCCCCCAAAGCAGUUGAAGAUGGAAAAAGUCAGUAAUUAGGGAAACUGUGAUAAGAGUCAUUGGUAAUAAUGUUGAUGGUUGUAGAAUAAGUAGUAAAGCAUUUUUUUUCUGGUUUGCCACAUGUAAAUACAUUUUUGUAAAAUGUAUAAGGUCUAAUGCAUUUUAUUUCAUGUAAUGUAGUAAUGCCAUUUCACAACUGCAGGAAAAUUUUGUGUUAAUCAGUCCUUGUAUGAAAAGUUAAAAGUAGUAGUUCUUUGAUUCUCAUCAUGCUAUGCUUUGAGAGGAAGAAAAUGUAUGCUUUGAUGAUAGCAGUUGUUGGUCAUAAGGAAAGUCCUUUUUUGUAUGAUUUUGUGUACCAUUUCUGUAGCUUUUAGUGUUGGAGUGAUGAAUGGAGUGAAUUUCCUUGGUUGGUUGGUUGGUUUCUUUAUUUGUAUUAUAUCCUAUUUUGGAUUGAUCUCUAUUCGGAAUGUGUUAUUUAGUUGCAGUACUGUACAUCAUUAUUUUAUAAUUACUCUUUUUUCUUUUCAAAAAAACAAUAGCACAAGAUUUGAUAGCUCAUAGUAAAUUCCUAGAUGAUUAAAGACUAACACUAGUGUUGUCAUCCUUUUUAUUAUUGUCCAUGUAAUGAUUGUUAUUAUUAAGUCAUUAUUAGGAUUUAAAAUAGUGUUACCGUGCUCUCUCUCUCAUUGAUCAUUUAUAACUGCUUAUAUAUGUAUAUACUUUUGAGUUCUUCACUUUAUUUCUUCAUAGGAAUACCACUAGCUUGUAAGUGUGAAGUGUUUCAUUAAAAUAUGCAAUGCUCUGUAGAACAUUUAAGUCGGUCUGAUUUCUGUAAGAAUAAAAAAAACUGUAUUUUUAUAUAUAAAUUAUACAGGAUCUCAUGUAAUUACUUCUUUCAUGGAAGAUGUUAUUGGCUUAAUAAGGGAGAUAUGAUUGUAAUAAACAUUGAUUUUUAUCUCUUACAUAAACUAUUAGGAUACUGAGUGGUAGCUUUCCAGCCCAUCUGCAGCUUACAUACUCUAGAUUUUAUGUUUCUAGCUGCAUCAAAAUCAUUGUAUUGAUAGCGUGCUCCCGAUAUGCCUAACUUGCAAAAAAAUGUGCGCAAGAAGAAGUGCACAUGAUUCUGAUUGUCAUUAAAAAGAGAACCUUGUUA